UGAGAUUACUUUUUGUUUUUGUGAGCGGCUCCAAAACUCUGGUUCUUUCGCCAAAAUGGUUCUCUAAUUCUUCAAGUUUCUUCUUUCUGAAAAGUCGUGAUGGCUGAGAUGAAGUGAUUCGAAUACUGCGCAUCUGUUCUUACAUCGCUUCAAGUCCACGGAGAGAGAACUUCUAUAUUUUGAAGAUGUCGGUGGACCAGCUUACGCUGCUCACGUCUCAUGAGAAGGAGACCAAUGACACUGACGAUCCCGUUCCUGGCCCGGCAACCUACACAGCUGAAUGUGAAGAUGGCGAUUCGCGAGACUCAGGUAUUGUGAGCGAUUACAAGAGUCCGAGAAAGUGUGAACCAUUGCCGAAGGCUGUCAUCAGGAAAGGGCUUACUGACAGGACUAACACUAGCAUACAAUCGAAGGAAGGUGUUCUCAAAACUAAGAAAUUUUUGGAGGAUGAAUCGCCAAUAACUAGACGUCGUCCACCUGUGCGUCUUCUCUCAUUCUCAGUGAUAUCGUCGGAUGAAGAAAAGGAGAACAGCGUUGUUCUUCCAAGCUUCGAUAAACUGGGCUGCGCAAGCACUAGUUCAAUAUCGACAUCUUCAUUCUCGGAGUACUGUGAAUCAGACGUGGUGUGGACGCCGCCAAAGAGCCAAAUUACUCAUGAAUAUGCAGCGAGUGACGGUUCAGAUGCGAAGAAAACUUUUCGGAAACGGCUAACAGAGAGUGUUCUUUCUGAUUCGUUCAUAGAGAAGAAGCGGUCCUGUGCGAUCAGAAGCGAAUGCUUUGAGAGCGAUGUUAGCUUGGAGGAGGAAGUUUUUGAGCCUAGCGAUACCUCUCCGAAUGUGUCUAUAGCGAGUGAACGCUUAUCAAGGUGUUCUUCGUCGCGUUCCCUCUCCAGUUAUAGCUCUGGGGACUGUCACGAAAGUCAGCAGAAAUCUCCGCUACUAAGCCCGGAAUUGAAGUAUUCAUUACCGGCUGUAGAACAUCCACAGCAGCAGUCCCUUGCGUUCCGUAGCAUAUCAGCGGACACUCUUGCAUCGGAAAUUCGAAGACUUGGUCCCGAAGAAUUUGAGCGUCGUUAUACAUUAGUCGAUUGCAGAUACCCUUACGAAUACGAGGGAGGACACGUGAAGUGUGCUGUGAACGUUCAUAAUCAAGAUGAAUUAGAGAAGAUUUUCUUCCCAGAAGAUCUCAAUCAUCCAAUCCGCAAGCGCAUACCCAUAUUCUACUGCGAAUUUAGUCAGAAACGAGGACCGGGAAUGGCAUUAGCACUUCGCAACAUUGAUAGGUUGCGCAACGAAUUUCAAUAUCCUAAAGUGGACUAUGCUGAGAUGUAUCUACUUGAUCACGGCUAUCGGCAAUUUUUUAACGAUGGUCGCUACAAGUCCGAGUGCGUUCCAUGUGGCUAUGUUCCCAUGAUGGACUCCGCUCAUGUCUCUUCACUUCUCAAGUAUAAGUGGCACAAAUCCAAGUCGUCGAGUCAGCUCAUGGGAGAAAAGGAAAGAAAACCUCUGCGUAAUACCGUUUCUCUCUAUCGAUGCCGAUCCCUAAUGCAGGUAUCCGAAAAAAGCAACGAGGAUGUAGUUCCACUAAGUCCUACUGCUAAAACGCCGGAUUUGGUUUCGCGUCGUCUAUUCGUUGAUAGUCCAGAAUGUGUAAAAAGUCUUGAACCUUCCCUUCACGAUUGAUUCAUGUUGACAAUAUUACCUGGUUUCCAAUUAUAAUCACUGAUGUAGGAUCUUACUUAGAUUUGCAGCAUUUUCUUGCAUGCCAUAUACUUGAUGCACCGAAUUGUUCACAUUUCUAAUAAGUCAUCUACUUUUUAGCGUGCUGUAUCCUUCUUUUUCCGGGUAGUUGCAAUUUACGGGGUGCGCUUUGAUCCAAAUAGCAGUUUCUGUUGAUUACUUACUAUCAUGUAUCCUUGUGAAUAAUUCGAGCUCAACACUUCAAUAAUCAAGUUCACAAACAGUCAGGCAGGAUUUGUUCCGGAUUAGUACAACGUGCAGAAUAGUUGAUGAUAGCGCUCUCUAGAUAUUUUCGAAAUUACUUGUUUUGUAGUAUCGUCUUUCUCUUAUCUCGGGUUUAAGAAUCUCAAACUUCACAGUUACCAUCAUGAUUAAUAUCGCAUAGGCAUAGAAGAUAUCUCAUCUGUACAUACAAUAGGUAUAACAUCAUUUGUUAUCCACAUCAGUAAUUUAAUUACUGGCAGCUGCUGCAUAUUAAACUUAUUGUUUCUCACAUUUUUUUUAGAUUUUCUCAUCAUCUUCAUACUGGUAAUUGUCUUGAAACCACUCAACCUUUUUCACCAUUGACUUUGAUUUGUUUGGUUUAGCUGUUGAUGUCACUUUGGUUCUGUG